AUGCCACCUAAGAAAAGCAAUGGAUGCAACAACUGCAAGGAUGCUGUCAUUCCCCUCUGGCUGAAAUCUGUACUUAAACGAUGGGAUGAUUACUUUGCCAGGUUUGACCGUAUGUUCGAUUUAUUAGUUUCCAUGCAACAGUCGCACAGGGCCAUUGUGAGGAAAAUUGAUGCGAUUGAAAACCGUUUAUUUGAUCAAAUGAGUGCAGCGCAGGCUAAUAGUGAUCUUUAUACCACGAGCAUGGUUGAUGAUAGAUCCACAUCUGAUUUUGAUAGGGAAGCGAUUAAAGAGAUCAUUGAUGCCGCUUGCGAUAACGAGCUAAUGAGCCAAUGGAAAGCAGGUAAUAUCAAAAUCGCGCGAGCUCAGGGACCGUCUCUUGGCCUUUAUGAAAAAGGGCGACUCUCACUUACGCAAACAUUUCAUCAUUCUUAUGCAAGACGAGACUAUACUAAAGAGGAAUUGGAUUACGACAGGCAGCUCAGAAAGAGAGCAGGGCUGCUCAAUGCGAACGCGGGUAAACUUUCUUAUGUUGUGCGCGAUCUUGCUAUUCAUAAGCUUAAAACUCCCCGCGAUCUCCCGCGCUCCAUUAGUCGCUCCAGCUCCAUCGAGGUAGUCCCUACCCCCUCUCCCGACGCUGAUCGAUCGCCUAUUACGUCACCCAUGGUCCCUUCGCGCGCUGACGUUUGCCGCGAACCAAUCAUGGGUCCUAGUUUAGAGUCGAUCGAUAAAUCUACCCGGAUUUUCGCUAUGCCAAGUCAUCUUUGUUCAAUAGACUCCUCCUUUUUAAUGCCCGCUCUAUCGUUAAAAAAUCCCUGA